UAUAGUCAUCAUCAUUAGGCUUGGUAAUCAUCCAGCAGGCAGAGUUUCUAGCAGAGCAGGGACAGACAAGCUCAAUAAAAGGCUGUAUCAGACUCCCACCCUGCUCACAGUCUCUCUCUGCCUGGCUGGGAGAAGGAGGUUUAUCUCCCAUUCCUUACUGCUGCUGGGUUUAGUUCAGAGAGAGAUAAGGCCAGAAAGAAGGAGAGAGACUGAGGGAGAAGAAAAACACUAAAGAGGCCUAGCCACGACUAGGUCAGAGAAGGCUGCUUCUUCACAGACCGAGAUAAAGGGAGUGAAAAGGAGACGGAGAACGAAGGAUUUAGAGAGGGAGAGAACAGAGGCCUAGCCAAACUGUCUGUUCUUUCUUCAUGUUUUUGGGGGGAGGCCUACUGCAACAGAGGCAUCUUAUUUAUCUUUCACCCCUUAUUAUUUGGAUAAAUACUGCAAACAGCAUAGCGGUAAUACAAGCUGCCAGCACUACUCUGUAGCGGCUGAGAUCGGCUUCUCUGUGUACCCUCUGGGGGAUGAGGAAGAGAGUUGUGCCUUCAGCCGUCUCAGUAUGGAGAGUGACGCAGAUGAGCCCCACACCGCCACCGAGAGCUGCAGGGACCAGGAGGAUGGUCCAACCUCCCAGCCCGACCUCGAGCCCCCCUUCCCCCCCUACCUGUCCUGCCGGGGCUGUGGUCUGGAUCUGGUGGGACCCUACUGUCACCGCUGCUGCAAGGGAGGAGGAGGGGGAGGGGGAUUCAGCGGCGCGUUCGGUGGCUUUCGCUCCGGUUCGCAGUCACAAGCGGACGACAGCGAGGAAGGAGGGGACGUAACGGACGACAACUCCAUAAUGGGUGACGACGGUCCCAACUCCAAGCUCCACUCCUGCCAGUUGUGUGGGUUCUCCUCACGCUAUGCCAAUCACGUCAAGAGGCACAUGAAGACUCACAACGGGGAGAAGCCGUACCACUGUCCCCUGUGUACCUACGCCUCGGCCCAGCUGGUCAACCUGCAGAGACACCUGAGGAUUCACACUGGGGAGAAACCAUACAGGUGUGACUGCUGCUCCUUCGCCUGCAGUUCCCUAGGCAACCUGAAGAGGCAUCAGAGGAUGCAUGUGGCUGGACAGCCGGGACAGGGGGCGGGACAGGGAGCAGUGAGACCUGCCUGCGGAUCUCCUAUUGAUCCCUCUACUGUUGGUCCUCCUGCUAAUGGCCCUCCUGCUGUUGGUCCUCCUGCUAGUGGGCAUGGUCUUAAGAGGAAGGAGGAGCCCAGUGCUUCAGCUGAAGAAGUGGUGAGGUCUGAUCUAAACCUCCACAACAGAGACUACCUGCCACGCUACAGCAGACUAAGGUUACAACCACCACUGGAGCAACAGCCCCCAAGACUUCUUGAGGGGCCUGGACUUGGGGCUAGGGUCGGGGCUGGGACUUUAGGAAGGUGUUUGACUGGGUCUAGGUCUGGAGUGAAGUCAGAGGAGACACACAGAGACUCUCUCCUUCCUCUGCUCUUCCCCUUUACCUGUCGUCUCUGUGGUACCCCCCUGGAGGACGAGGACGGUUCCACUGCACAGAUCUGUGCCAAAUGCACCCUGGACAUGCUGACCAAGGAGUCAUCUGGCCCCAACAGCCCCGGAGAGCGCGGGGACAAGGUCUACACCUGCAGUGCCUGUCCCUUCCUCACCCACUACCCCAACCACCUGGCGCGACACAUGAAGACGCACAGUGGAGAGAAGCCGUACAAGUGCCCUCAGUGCGACUACGCCUCCGCCCACUUCGACAACCUGAAACGCCAUCACCGCGUGCACACGGGCGAGAAGCCGUACAAGUGCCACCUGUGUGACUACGCCUGUGGGAACCUGGCUAACUUAAAACGUCACCAGCGGGUCCAUUCGGGCGCCAAGCCGUUCCAGUGCACAGUGUGUAGCUACAGCUGUAACCAGAGUAUGAAUCUGAAGAGACACAUGCUGAGACACACAGGAGAGAAGCCUUAUAAGUGCCAGCAGUGUGGCUACACCACGGGACACUGGGACAACUACAAACGACACCAGAAGAAACAUGGCCUCGCCACCGACGGAUGGGUCAAAGUUCAGAUGUCCGGCGGGGGUGAGGAAGAGGGGGGUGAGGAAGAGGAUGAGGAAGAAAGGGUGGCGGGACAGCCGCAGAGGAAAGAGGAAGAGGCGGUGAUGCAGUAUAUGUCCAGAUAGGAGAGGGACAGAGCUGUACCACAGAACAUGGGAGAUGACAGCUUAAACUACCAGCAAAAUCCUAGAUUUUUUUGUUGUUGUUGUCAAUGAUUUCUCUGCAGCUGCUAUGUAGAAUCAUGCGCAAUUCUAGAAUCAUGCACAAUUCUAGAAUCAUGCACAAUUCUAGAACAUGGUGAUUAUUAGUGGAAAUGUUUGAUGCCUUUUGGACAGAAAGUAAAGGAGGGUGAAGGAAGGUUGCUGCUGUGUUGCCAGAUGAAUGGACUGGGAUGAGGGUUCUACUUUAACGUCCGCAACUAAAUGCUGCCUGCAUUGUCCACCAUAUGCUGUUCUCCCCCCCCCAACACAUACCAACAGUGCCGUAUAUAUCCUAACUUCAUUUACAUUAUGCCUUACAACCCACAUUUCAGUUGUCCUAUUGACUAGGUAUGCAUCUCCUCUAACCAGUCUGCUAUUCCAUCUCCUCUAUAGUCUCCAACUACCAGUCUGCUAUUCCAUCUCCUCUAACCAGUCUGCUAUUCCAUCUCCUCUAUAGUCUCCUCUAACCAGUCUGCUAUUCCAUCUCCUCUAUAGUCUCCACUUACCAGUCUGCUAUUCCAUCUCCUCUAACCAGUCUGCUAUUCCAUCUCCUCUAUAGUCUCCUCUAACCAGUCUGCUAUUCCAUCUCCUCUAUAGUCUCCACUUACCAGUCUGCUAUUCCAUCUCCUCUAUAGUCUCCACUUACCAGUCUGCUAUUCCAUCUCCUCUAUAGUCUCCACUUACCAGUCUGCUAUUCCAUCUCCUCUAUACUGUCCACCUACCAGUCUGCUAUUCCAUCUCCUCUAUAGUCUCCACUUACCAGUCUGCUAUUCCAUCUCCUCUAUAGUCUCCACCUACCAGUCUGCUAUUCCAUCUCCUCUAUAGUCUCCACCUACCAGUCUGCUAUUCCAUCUCCUCUAUAGUCUCCACCUACAAGUCUGCUAUUCCAUCUCCUCUAACCAGUCUGCUAUUCCAUCUCCUCUAUAGUCUCCACUUACCAGUCUGCUAUUCCAUCUCCUGCUACCAGUCUGCUGUUCCAUCUCCUCUAUAGUCUCCUCUAACCAGUCUAAUAUUCCAUCUCCUCUAUAGUCUCCACCUACCAGUCUGCUGCUAUUCCAUCUCCUCUAUAGUCUCCACUUACCAGUCUGCUAUUCCAUCUCCUCUAGUCUCCACCUACCAGUCUGCUAUUCCAUCUCCUCUAACCAGUCUGCAUCUAUUCCAUCUCCACUUACCAGUCUGCUAUUCCAUCUCUCCUCCACCAGUCUGCUAUUCCAUCUCCUCUAACCAGUCUGCUAUUCCAUCUCCACUUACCAG